AUGGGCUCGCCUCUUGGACCUCUCUUAGCCGACGUCUUCAUGGGUAAGCUGGAGAGAUUUCAACUAAGCGAUCAGAUCAAGAAGCUUAAACAUUAUGGUCGCUACGUUGAUGAUAUCUUUGCGAUUGCAACCACAGAAACCGACGUCGCUGCCCUCCUAAAUGCUGCAAAUCAGGCACAUCCGUCGAUCAAAUUCACGUUGGAGAUGGAGUCGGCUGGUUCGCUUCCUUUCUUAGAUGUCCUUCUAAACAGGAGAUCUGACGGUAGCAUCCGAAGGAGUGUCUAUCGAAAGAAAACCUGGUCUGGACAAUACACGAACUUCGCUAGUUUCGUACCUCUCCAACAAAAACGGAAUCUAGUCAGGUGUUUGGCACAAAGGGCUAGAAAAAUUUGUUCGAAAGAUAGUAUCGAGGAGGAACUUAGAAAAAUCCAGGACUUGCUUCGCGAAAAUGGGUAUCCUGACAGGUUCAUUGCAAAGAACCUUGCCGAACGACCUGCAAAACCCACCACACUAACCGCCGAGAAGAAAACGUUGUUCCUCAAAGUCCCCUUCCAAGGAGACGCUGCAGGUGAACUCCUAAGAAGACGCCUUGACCAAGCUGUCUCGGGAACCUUCCCAGCAGCAAGGGUUCGCAUAUCAUUCUCCACUAACCCUAUUCUACGCGGAGAAGGCAAGGAUAGGCUGCCACCUCAGACCGCCUCAAUGUGCAUCUACUCAUUCACUUGCUCCUGUGGAGCAGGUUAUAUUGGUCGUACGAGUCGGCGCCUUUCCAAAAGAAUACGAGAGCACCUUCCCGCAUGGCUGGCAAAGGGUGAAACUAGGAGAAUAGACAGCGCCAUCCUUGCGCAUGCAGUGGACUCAGGGCAUCGUGUGGACCCCACCGAAGCAUUUCGUGUGAUUUACAAGGUCCCCUCGAGCUACCCUAAGCUACUGGGCCAGCGCCUGCUAGCAACAGCAGAAGCGGCCGCCAUAAGGUUACGAAAACCGACCCUAUGCGCCCAAAAGAACCUGGUUCAGGCUCCGCGCUUACCGUGGUCAAAGGUUGACUAA